CGGCAGUCCUCGGCGGGGCACGAGUCCGGGAAGCUUUCGGACUCCGCCCCGGAAACACGCCCCCAGCCGCCUAGGCGCGCUUUUAAAACAGGCUCUGUUCUAUUUUUUGUUUCGCCGGGUCGCGGCCGCCCGGGGAGCUUCAUUCUCCUGUCUUAGACCUGCGGCCCCUCGCGCACCGCGGGACGCCCCCCGACCCCGCGCAGCGAUGAGGAGGACCCGCGACGAGGUGGACGCGACCCUGCAGAUCGCUAAGCUGAACGCGGCCGAGCUGCUGCCCACCGUGCACUGCCUGGGCUUCGGCCCCGGGGCCUGCGCAGCCGCCGGCGACUUCUGCCUGCUCGAGUUGGAGCCCGCGCUGUGCCAGCAGCUUGAGGCAGGACGCAGUCUUGUGAUUCGUGGUGAUAAGGAUGAGAAGGCCGUUCUGUGCAGUAAAGACAAAACAUAUGACUUGAAAAUAGCAGACACUUCCAAUAUGUUGCUUUUUAUUCCUGGUUGUAAAACUCCAGACCAGAUGAAGAUGGAAGAGACGCGCUGUAACAUUAUUCACACUGAGAUCUUUGGUUUUUCUAAUAAUUACUGGGAAGUAAGAAGAUGUAGACCUAAAUUAAAGAAGCUAAAGAAACUUUUGAUGGAAAAUACCUAUGAAGGACCUGACAGUCAAAAAGAAAAGGAUUCAAAUCACUCAAAAUAUACAACUGAAGAUUUGCUUGAUCAAAUUCAGGCAAGUGAGGAAGAAAUAAUGGCCCAGUUACAAGUUCUAAAUGCCUGUGAGAUUGGAGGUUAUUGGAGGAUUCUUGAAUUUGAUUAUGAGAUGAAACUUCUGAAUCACAUAACUCAGCUUGUGGAUUCUGAAUCUUGGUCUUUUAGUAAAGUUCCCUUGAAUACAUGCCUUCAGGAACUUGGACCAUUAGAGACAGAGGAAAUGAUUGGACACUGUCUUGAAUGUUAUGGAAAGAAAUAUACGGAGGAAGGUGAAGUUUAUUUUGAAUUGAGUGCGGAUAAAGUCUGCAGAGCUACAGCAGAAAUGCUACUUCAGAAUGCAGUGAAAUUCAAUCUCGCUGAGUUUCAAGAAGUGUGGCAACAGAGUGUUCCUGAAGGAGUGAUAACUAGGCUCGAUCAGCUUAAGGGUUUAGCCUUGGUGGAUAGACACUCAAGACCAGAGAUCAUAUUUUUGCUGAAAGUAGAUGAUUUGCCUGAGGAUAAUCAGGAACGUUUUAAUAGUCUCUUCUCUCUGAGGGAGAAGUGGACAGAAGAAGAUAUUGCUCCAUAUAUUGAAGAUUUGUGUGGAGAGAAGCAAACCAUUGGUGCAUUACUCACUAAAUAUUCUCGAUCUUCGAUUCAAAAUGGUGUCAAAGUUUAUAACUCAAGAAGACCCAUUUCUUAA